AUGAAACGUGCAUCAAAAUUAUCUGGUAACGAAUCACGAGUUUAUUUACCUCAUCAUGCAGUAGUAAAGGAAAGUAGUAAUACCACAAAAACUAGGGUAGUUUUUGACGCCUCCAGUAAAGGGUCCAAAGGAAAAUCGUUAAACGAUGCUUUGUAUAAAGGACCGGUGUUGCAAUCAGACCUCUUCACAAUAAUUGUUAGAUUUAGAAGUUUCAAAUAUGUAUUAUGCGCUGACAUUAAGAAAAUGUACAGACAAAUACUAAUACACAAAGACCAGUUUCCGUUACAAACUAUUUUAUGGCGUGAGAAUCCUCAUAAAGAAAUAGAGGAAUACGAAUUAAUCACAGUGACGUACGGUACAAAACCAGCAUCAUUUCUAGCAGGUAGAUGCAUACACGAAUUAGCUGCAAUCGAAAAGGUAAAUUUUCCUCUAGGUGCGAAAAUCAUAUGUAAAGAUUUUUAUAUGGACGACCUUUUGACAGGCGCAAAUACAGUGGACGAUCUACUUCAAAUAAAAAAGGAUAUAACGGAAUUACUAUCAAAAGGGGGUUUCGAAUUGCAUAAGUGGAACACCAACAUCCCACGUAUACUUGAAAAUAUUCAAUGCUCUAAUGUCUCUGUAGAUAUCGAUAAAGAAACAGAAUCCAAGUUAUUAAAAAUAUUGUGGAACCCGCUGACAGACACAUUUCAUUAUAGGACUAACGCGAUUUGGACCGAUAAUCGUGUAACAAAACGAAAUAUGCUUUUUCAAGUAUGUAAAUUGUUCGACCCACUAGGUUUAGUGGGACUCGUGGUAACGAUGGUCAAAAUAUUAGUACAAAGUUUGUGGGCCCGGAGGGUGCAGUGGGAUGAGUCAGUCCCAAUAGACAUUUUUAAGUCCUGGCAUCAAAUAAGAUCGCAAUUAAAGGUUCUAAAUACACUAGAAAUCCCGAGAGCGUUAAUUUCAGAAAGCACAGAUCUACAAAUACAAAUUCACGGAUUUUGUGACGCAAGUGAAAAAGCUUAUGGGGCAUGCGUAUACUUAAGAAGAAAAGAUAUAAAAAAUAAUGUAAACAUUACUUUAAUCUGUUCUAAAUCACGCGUAGCACCACUAAAGUCGUUAUCGUUACCGCGCUUAGAAUUAUGUGGUGCCACACUUGUAAUAAGCUUAAUGAACCGUGUGUUAGCCAGCUUGAACGUGAAAGUACAUGAAAAAUACUUUUGGACAGAUUCCAAAAUAGUGUUAGCAUGGAUAAAUUUGUCAGCGCACAGAUGGCAAGUUUUCGUAGCAAAUAGAGUUAGUGAAAUACAAAAUAGUUCUUCACCUUCUGAAUGGCAGCACGUAGGAUCGAAAGAAAAUCCUGCCGAUUUGAUUUCGAGGGGAGUCACACCAGAGCAAUUAAAACAGUCUUCUUUAUGGUGGGAAGGGCCUCACUGGUUAAAAGCGAGCGAAAGUACGUGGCCAAGGGAAGGUAAAGAAUUAUUAUUAGAAAACGUACCUGAGAAACGUAAAAGCGUUGUGAUUGCUACGGCUGUGAUAACUGAACCGAUAGUAGAUUGUAAGAGAUAUUCAUCUUUGUAUAAGUUAUUUCGUGUAGUAGCUUAUGUAAGAAGAUUCGCACAUAACACAAGAGGUGACGCUGUAGAACGCAGAAUGGGACCUAUAGCGUUACAGGAGAUUGAAGAUGCAAAGAAAAUAGUAAUCAAAAUAAUCCAAAUUGAAGAAUUUGAAGAAGAUAUAAAGCUAAUAAAACUUGGAAGGAACGUCAGUUGUAAAUCGAGAUUAAUCGCACUUAAUCCUUUUCUGGACGAAGAAGGAAUACUACGAGUAGGAGGGAGAUUAAAGCACGCGGCAUUACAAGAAACGUCCAAGAAUCCAGCCAUAUUACCGGCGACGCAUCAUUUUACAGCCCUGGUAAUAACACGUUAUCACAAAGAGCUGCUGCAUGCUGGAGUUCAAACAACCUUAAACGCCAUUAGAGAAGAGUUUUGGCCGAUUCUUGCGAAGAAUCAAAUUAAGAAGAUUAUUCGUAACAGUGUCAAUUGCCGGAAGGCUAAUCCUACACUGAUUCAUCAAAUUAUGGGUCAACUACCACCAGUAAGAGUUAAUGAAGCUUGA